AUGUAUAAAUCUACUAAUAACACUAUAAAUGUGUGUGAUGUUCCAGGUCAGCUGCAGCAGGACGGGGUGUGUGUGCAGGUAUGGCAGUGUGACUGUGUGGACUCUCUGGGUCAGAGCUGGGCUGCAGGCAGCUGGCACCAGGUGGACUGCAACAACUGCAGCUGCGCAGACGGACUGCUUUCCUGCACCAAUCAGAGCUGCCAAGAGGCCAGCUGCACCUGGAGCUCCUGGUCCAAUUGGGCGUCCUGCAGCACUUCCUGUGGGCUGGGCCAGAGAACACGCUUCAGGUGAGAAAAUAAGAAAAGAGACACACACACACAUACACAGGAUAUCAGAUAUUGAGUGUGUGUGUCCUAUCAGAUCUCUAAUACCAGAGCGUGAAGGAGCGGUUUGCCAGUUUGAGGAGGUGCAGCACAAGUCAUGUGACCCCGGGCCCUGCCCACCCCUCUGUGUCUAUGACAACCAGGAGCUGACCGUGGGAGACACAUGGCUGCAGGGAGAAUGUAAACAAUGGUGAGGUCGUAGAACUAAAAUAUAGAUGAUGAAAUAUCUUGAUGAUAGAGUGUUAUAGGGGCAUUAGUGGUACAGUGGUACAGAUUUUUGUACUGAUUUUGAAUUCUAACAUUUUCCGUGUUUUUUCUCUCAGUACAUGCACCCCAGAGGGAGACUAUUGCCAAGAUAUUGACUGUCGAGGUGUGUUAAAUAUGUUCUUAUACCUACCUGCACAUUUGAUGUAUUUGAUGUAAUGUUAUGUAAUAUUGUUCUUCUUUGAUGGAUUGCAAAAUCAAAUUUGAUCAUUCAAAAAUACACAUACAACCAUAUCACUGCAGAGAGAAUACCUCUCACUUAUGAUAAAAACAAUAUAUCGCAUUCCAAGUAUUGUGAUUGGCUGUGUAUCCUGCCAAUCACUCCUCUUGUGGUUGACAGUGGAUGGUGGUUGGACGCCCUGGUCGGUGUGGUCGGACUGUCCGGUGACGUGUGGGCGGGGCACUCAAAUUCGGAGCCGGGCCUGUAUCAACCCUCCACCCCGUAACAACGGGACAAACUGCAGCGGACCGGAGAGAGAGGCCCAAGGCUGUCACACACCUCCCUGCCUCGGUAACACAGACUACUGUGGCUCAAUUAGAAACCCAACCCUAACACUUUUCCUUAGGCCCUUAAUGUAGAUCUGACAGAAUUGGACAAAGUAUCAUAUUGAUUAUACCAUUAAAAUGUAUUCAUAAUGAAUAACACUCAACUGGCUCAAGGAAAGUGUUACCAAAAACGGACCUAUUCCACCUGGUUCUGUUCUGAACCAAAGGGAGUGGUCUGCACUCUGCAUGUAUAGAAACUGUAAUCUUACAGGUCUACAGGGACACACCUGGUUCUCUCUCAUCACUCUGUCCCUCCCUCUUUCUGUUUUCCACCUGGUUCCCUCUCAUCCCUCUGUCCCUCUUUUGGUUUUUAACUGUUGUUCUGAACCACACAUUUCCUGUUUCCAGAUGACCUUUGUCCCUGGUCACCAUGGUCCCCCUGCUCCCGCAGCUGCGGUGCGGGGGUGGUGUCGCGACGCAGGGUGUGUGUGUGUGAAGGGGAGGAGGAGGGCGCCUGCCCCCCUGAGGUAGAGGCGGAGAGGAACAGAGAGGAGACCCAGCUGUGCUAUAAGAGACCCUGUCCAGGUAGCAUGACCUCAAUAAUAUCCCCUGGCUGUAUUCAUGUCUACUCCUAGAUACCAAGCUCAUUCUAUAAUGGCAUGGCAGAAUAUAUUAUGUGCUGUCUGUUCAGACAAUAUCUGAAGUCUAUUGGUAGUUAUUAUUAUUAUUAUUAUUAUUAUUAUUAUUAUUAUUAUUAUUAUUAUUAUUAUUAUUAUAAUUCAAACCAAAACUUGAUUUACUUAGUCUGACCAGGAAAUACUGCUAUCCAGCCUCUGCCACAAAGUAAACCAUUAGGACACAAACCCAAAGAGUCAAUCGCAGUCUCUCUUAGCUAGACAAUACUUUCACUAUACUUUUCUCCAUCUUUGACUUCUUCCCUGUUGUGUGUGUGUCCAGAGUGCCCCAUGUCAGAGUGGACUGAGUGGUCCGCCUGCUGCUGUGUGUCCCAGAGGCAGCAGCGUCACCGCGCACCGCUCUCACCAGCCACCAAGGGACAGCACUGUUCACAUCUGGACACCCAGAGCAGAAACUGCACACUAGACCACUGUCAUGGUGAGGCCACAUAGUAAUGCUAUGUGUGGGUUUUCUCGGUUUGUGUGUAUGUGUGCUUGGGUUUUCUCUGUGUGUGUGUGUGUGUGUGUGUGUGUGUGUGUGUGUGUGUGUGUGUGUGUGUGUGUGUGUGUGUGUGUGACAUGAGAUCUUCUCUCUUCCAGACUCUUGUGAGAAGCCGUUCCAGUACUCGGAGUGUGGCUCUCCCUGUGAGAAGCAGUGUGCACUGCAGGGGCAGAAUGCGCUGUGUGCGGGGAUACAGGAGUGUACCCCUGGCUGCUACUGCCCUCAGGGCUUGCUGCAGCAGAACGGGACCUGUGUGCCCCCAGAGCAGUGUGGCUGUGUGCACCUCCAACAUCAGGCCUCAGGGAGACCUGUCUCUGUGAUUGUCCCACAGGGGACCAUGGUCACUAUAGACUGCAGCACCUGGUGAGUGACUUAACUAUUUUAACAAGUGAAGGAGAACCUAUACAAAGUUUCAAUAUGAUACCCAUAGUCUCAGAAUAGACACAAAUAAUAACAAGGAAGCAAAGGCCAAGAGAGAGAAACACUAAGAUAGACCAUUAAAUAGAUAUGUAUUUUUAAAGCUACUUUGCCCCCCCCUGGGUCCACCGUAGAUAGAUCCAUACACGGAAUAAUAAGUUGGCCUUAUAAAGUCUGCAUAGCACAAUGUUUACGAGAUGGUUUUAGAGGUAUUAUGACUCUCUUUGUAUUGUCUGAUUCCUUCCCAGCCUCUGUCAUAAUGGGACGUUGCAGUGUGACAUGCGAGAGUGUGAAGGUAAGACAUACUGUAGUCCAGGGAUCAUCAACUAGAUUUAGCCGCGGGGUGAUUUUUUCUUGGGUGGAUGGUCGUGGGACUGGAACAUAAUUACAAAUAAUUUGUAGACUGCAAAUUGACCGCAAGAAGCCCAAACAGAUAUAAUAUUUCACUAAAACAUAAUCAUUUCGAACCUUGCUUACAUUUGUACAGUGGGGAAAAAAAAGUAUUUAGUCAGCCACCAAUUGUGCAAGUUCUCCCACUUAAAAAGAUGAGAGAGGCCUGUAAUUUUCAUCAUAGGUACACGUCAACUACGACAGACAAAUUGAGAAAAAAAAUCCAGAAAAUCACAUUGUAGGAUUUGUAAUGAAUUUAUUUGCAAAUUAUGGUGGAAAAUAAGUAUUUGGUCACCUACAAACAAGCAAGAUUUCUGGCUCGCACAGACCUGUAACUUCUUCUUUAAGAGGCUCCUCUGUCCUCCACUCGUUACCUGUAUUAAUGGCACCUGUUUGAACUUGUUAUCAGUAUAAAAGACACCUGUCCACAACCUCAAACAGUCACACUCCAAACUCCACUAUGGCCAAGACCAAAGAGCUGUCAAAGGACACCAGAAACAAAAUUGUAGACCUGCACCAGGCUGGGAAGACUGAAUCUGCAAUAGGUAAGCAGCUUGGUUUGAAGAAAUCAACUGUGGGAGCAAUUAUUAGGAAAUGGAAGACAUACAAGACCACUGAUAAUCUCCCUCGAUCUGGGGCUCCACGCAAGAUCUCACCCCGUGGGGUCAAAAUGAUCACAAGAACGGUGAGCAAAAAUCCCAGAACCACAUGGGGGGACCUAGUGAAUGACCAGCAGAGAGCUGGGACCAAAGUAACAAAGCCUACCAUCAGUAACACACUACGCCGCCAGGGACUCAAAUCCUGCAGUGCCAGACGUGUCCCCCUGCUUAAGCCAGUACAUGUCCAGCCCGUCUGAAGUUUGCUAGAGUGCAUUUGGAUGAUCCAGAAGAGGAUUGGGAGAAUGUCAUAUGGUCAGAUGAAACCAAAAUAGAACUUUUUGGUAAAAACUCAACUCGUCAUGUUUGGAGGACAAAGAAUGCUGAGUUGCAUCCAAAGAACACCAUACCUAAUGUGAAGCAUGGGGGUGGAAACAUCAUGCUUUGGGGCUGUUUUUCUGCAAAGGGACCAGGACGACUGAUCCGUGUAAAGGAAAGAAUGAAUGGAGCCAUGUAUCGUGAGAUUUUGAGUGAAAACCUCCUUCCAUCGGCAAGGGCAUUGAACAUGAAACGUGGCUGGGUCUUUCAGCAUGACAAUGAUCCCAAACACACCGCCUGGGCAAUGAAGGAGUGGCUUCGUAAGAAGCAUUUCAAGGUCCUGGAGUGGCCUAGCCAGUCUCCAGAUCUCAACCCCAUAGAAAAUCUUUGGAGGGAGUUGAAAGUCCGUGCUGCCCAGCGACAGCCCCAAAACAUCACUGCUCUAGAGGAGAUCUGCAUGGAGGAAUGGGCCAAAAUACCAGCAACAGUGUGUGAAAACCUUGUGAAGACUUACAGAAAACGUUUGACCUGUGUCAUUGCCAACAAAGGGUAUAUAACAAAGUAUUGAGAAACUUUUGUUAUUGACCAAAUACUUAUUUUCCACCAUAAUUUGCAAAUAAAUUCAUUAAAAAUCCUACAAUGUGAUUUUCUGGAUUUUUUUUCUCAUUUUGUCUGUCAUAGUUGACGUGUACCUAUGAUGAAAAUUACAGGCCUCUCUCAUCUUUUUAAGUGGGAGAACAUGCACAACUGGUGGCUGACUAAAUACUUUUUUUCCCCACUGUAUAUGAUCAUGUGUCUCUCUAUUAUGCUUCGGAACAGAUUUUCUAAAUUAAAAUCACUUAAAUUGUAUUAAACAUUUUUGCUCUGAAAACUUGGGGGGCCAAAUAAAACCACUCACGGGCCAAAUUCGGUUGGGGAACCCUGCUGUAGUACAUCCAUUUCCUGGUUUUAGAGAUAGUACCCCUCUCUAUUUCUGUACCCCUCUAAACCCUUCCCCUCUUUCCUUCUCCCUCUUCCCUCCCCCCUUCCAACCAUCCCUCCCUCCCUCUCUUUCUCCUUCAGUCAUUCUCAGUGAGUGGUCAGAGUGGACCCCUUGCUCUCCGUGUGUGCCUGCCUCCUCCCUGCAGUCCUCCUCCUCUCCCCAGGGUGGCGCUGCAGCCCUGGUGUCUGUCCAGCGACGCUACCGAGCCUGUCUGGACCUGGACUCAGGCCAGCCAGUCUCAGGGGAGGAAGAGGGGGCACAGUGCUCCGGGGAGCUGGAGGAGGAGAGGUUCUGCCCAGACCCCAAUGCAUGCAGAGGUGGGUGGUAUUGUACACUAAGAAUAUGCUACACUCAGUCAAUACUAAACAACUGUCAUGACUCAUGACGCUCUUCAGUAUGAUGAUGAUGAUGAUGAUGAUGAUGAUGAUGACAAUGACAAUGAUGCUGAUAACGAUGUUCAUGCCAAUGUCAUUUCCAGACCUGUGCCAGUGGAGUGUGUGGAGUGUGUGGAGUGUGUGUCAGGAGCCGUGCAGUGGUGGGGUCAGACAGCGCCACAGACAGCCCCAGGCCUCCCCUCCAGGACCCCAGUGUCGAAAACAGCAGACCCAGACCCAGAGCUGCAACACUGGCCUCUGUCCAGGUACCCUUUAACCCUUUACUGGACAUUUUAACUGGUUAACAAUGUUCCUAUACUGUAUGUGCCUAAAACUUCUUACAAUGUGGUCUAAAAGGAGACAGUGUUGAUUGACUCCUUUCUUGUGUGAUCUAGGCGAGCGCUGUGAGGACAGGGGGCGGGUCUACCAGGUGUCUUGUGCCAAUCAGUGUCCCCGGAGCUGUACUGACCUCUGGGAGCAUGUGCAGUGUCUGCAGGGAGUCUGUCACCCAGGUACUGGACCUAUGACCUCAUGUCACUGUGUCCCUUAUAUCAGUGUAUUAUACUGGAACACUUUGUGACUUUCAGUGUGCUACCCUCACAAGAAGAGGAAGUCCAUCCCAACCUCUCUCUCUCUCUCUCUCUCUCUCUCUCUCUCUCUUCUCUCUCUCUCUCUCUCUCUCUCUCUCUCUCUCUGUCUCUCUUUCUGUGUCCCUGUCUAUAUCUCUCUCUUUCUCUCUCUCUGUUUCUUUCUCUCUCUCUCUCUCUCUCUCUCUCUCUCUCUCUCUCUCUCUCUCUCUCUCUCUCUCUCUCUCUCUCUCUCUCUCUCUCUGUCUCUCUCUCUGUCUCUCUCUCUGUCUCUCUCUCUGUCUCUCUCUCCCUCCCUCUCCCAGGGUGUCGGUGCCCAGAGGGCUGGCUGCUGCAGGACGGGGACUGUGUUCAGGUGUCGGAGUGUCGCUGUGGGGUUCCCAUGGGCAACGGCACCAUAGAAAUCAGCCCUGCUGAGAACAUCACACUGGACUGCAACACCUGGUGAGAAAUCUGGUUAGGAACCUGGAGGAUCUGGACUGCGACACCUGGUUAGGAACCUGGUUAGGAACCUGUAGGAGCCUCAUAUCCACACGCCCUCAAAUUUAUCAACACUAGAAAUAUCAUUAUUAUAGGCCAAAUCUUAACUUGAGUGUAACUUUUUUUGUACAUAUCUCCGACUGACAUCAAUGGAAGAUGUAUGUGUGAGUUACACAUGCAGAUCUCAAGUUUGAAUUCGGCCCUCUAUAAUUACUAUCACAUACAAGUUAUUGCAAACAAAUUACUAUGUGAGUAUGGUUUAGUGCUAGAUUUCACCACAGUCAUAAUCAGAAUAUGAUUAUCUAACAUGACUGCCGGGCGGCAGGUAGCUUAGUGGUUAAGAGCGUUGUGCCAGUAACCGAAAGGUCGCUGGUUCUAAUCCCAGAGCUGACUAGGUGAAAAAUCUGUCGAUGUGCCCUUGAGCAAGGCACUUAACCCUAAUUGCUCCUGUAAGUUGCUCUGGAUAAGAGCGUCUGCUAAAUGACCAAUUUAUUUAAUUUAAGAAUUGUAGGUAAAGUGACCUGUUGCAUCUUGUAUGGUCUAUUUAAUGGAGGCAUCUUCUCAUAGAGACAACAGCUAUUGUUUUAGCCUUAAGAGUCUAUUGAUGCACAGGUGCGUCAAUCUAAGUAACAUAAUUGUUUUAAAUCCCCAUCAACAUCCGUCAGUUUAAGCUAGAGAUAUCUUGUUUUUUUGCAUGGGCUGCGUCUCAAUCCACCGCAUACGCUUGUGUCGGCCUUCCGCAUCUGCGGUGGAAGGUGGCCGAGCUACAUCCGUGUUUGUCAGACCAUGAGACAUCCCGAAGAUUGUUCUUUUAGUGGUUAAUUAACAAUCUAUCCAUCUCUACUCUGUCCCUGUGUGCUCCAGUGUGUGUGAGAAUGGCACCCUGGGGUGCAUCGACCUGUUGUGUCCCGUCUAUGGUCCCUGGGGACAGUGGAGCGCCUGCUCAGAGUCCUGUGGGACGGGACAGAGGAUGAGGAUACGUCCCUGCAAUGACACAGAAGGAGGGCCACCCUGUGCUGAGACAGUCCACACUGAAACCUGUGUGCUGCCCCCUUGUCUAGGUCAGUGACAUACAACACAUGGUACCAAAUAAUAUGGAUGGUCCCACACAGAUGACCUGAAGAUGGUCAACAUUUACAAUUUGGAGUUUAUCUGUUUGUUAGUUGAAUAAAUUAUAAUUCUCUCUCUCUCUCUCUCUCUCUCUCUCUCUCUCUCUCUCUCUCUCUCUCUCUCUCUCUCUCUCUCUCUCUCUCACUCACACACACUCCCUCCCUCUCAAUUCAAUUUAAGGGCUUUAUUGGCAUGGGAAACGUAUGUUAACAUUGCCAAAGCAAGUGAAGUAGACAGUAAACAAAAGUGAAAUAAACAAUCAAUAUUAACAGUAAACAUUACACUCAGAUGUUCCAAAAGAAUAAAGACAUUUCAAACGCCAUAUUAUGUAUAUAUACAGUGUUGUAACAAUGUGCAAAUAGUUAAAGUACAAAUGGGAAAAUAAAUAAACCCUCCUUUCCAGCCGGGUGUGUGUUGAGUGAGUGGUCAUCUUGGAGUGAGUGCAGCGCCUCGUGUGGUGGAGGGGUGUCAGUGCGUAACAAGACCGUCUUACAGGAGCCACAGCCCGGGGGACAGGAGUGUCCUACUCGCUUAGAACAGCACACUGCCUGUAAAACCAACAGCUGUCUACCAGGUAACACACAAGACACCAGGUAACACAAAAACUUGAAGUUGAGCAUGCUUUUAUUUUAGAACUAUACGGGUGGAAAAUAGAGACAUGUAUCAUCAUACAUACCUGGUACACUUAAUAACGUACCAUUGACAUAUUGAAAGCACACAUUUACUGAAGCGUACUGGUCCUAAGUAUUGACAUGAAACAUGUGUCCCUGUGCAGAGUGUUCAUCCAGCCAGGUGUUCAGCCAGUGUGCUGGCUCCUGCCCCUACAGCUGUGAGGACCUCUGGCCAGAGAACCAGUGUGUAUCUGGACCCUGCAUACCUGGAUGCACCUGUCCCCCAGGCAUGGUCAGUACGCUCAGGCAUCGUCAGGCAGUGACAGUGACAGUGUGCUUAUUACUGAGUAACACACAUUUCAUGGUCAGUACGCUCAGGCAUGGUCAGGACACUCUACCUACAUGUACAUAUGACCUAAAUUACCUCGACUAACCUGAGCCACCGCACAUUGACUCUGUACCGGUACCCCCUGUAUAUUGCCUCGCUUCUGUUAUUUUACUGCUGCUCUUUAAUUAUUUUUUACUUAUCUAUUUUUUACAUAACAUUUAUUGUCUUAAAACUGCAUUGUUGGUUAAGGGCUUGUAAGUAAGCAUUUCACUGUAAGUUCUACACCUGUUGUAUUCGGCGCAUGUAACAAAUACAAUUUGAUUUGAUUUGAGUCAAUACAAUGCGAAAAUAUCUGAUGUCCUUGGUAUUGCUACUUGAUAGUUGUUAUGUAGUUACCAGGUGAAAAGAUGACUGUAAUUUACACUAAUCUAAUCUAACCACCACGCGACAUCUACCUGUCAUCUGAUCGUCUUCCUUCACCAGGUGCUGUACAACGGAUCAUGUGUCCCUCAUGAUGCGUGUCCCUGUUCUCCGCACUCCCUCCCGGGGACUCUGAACAUGACCCUGGAUGACCCCAAAGAAGAGGUGGCCUCUGGGACGGUCUUACAACACCAGUGCAACACAUGGUAGUCAACACCUCCAUCAGUAGCCAUUAUUAUACAGUUACUUACUAAGGCUUGUAGUAUAUCUUCAAAACGUGUUUUGUUUAAAAGAUAUGCAAUCCAAUUCCAUGAUUGACAGAUUUGAUUUGGGAUAUAUAGCUAGCCUAUUACCUUUGAUAAGAAGUCAUAGCGGUUGAUUGACAGAUAUACAUUACCUAGACCCAACAUACUGUACAGUAUUACACAUCUUUGGAAUGUAACUGAUCGUCUCGGCACCCAAAACCAGAACUUGUGUGCGUGCUGGCCAGCUAUAUUUAUGUACAGUAUUUAUGACUGUCACAUGAGACUAUGUAAUGGAGAGUCUGUCAGACUCAGACAUGAGGUAAGUCAUUUCAUCUUUCAGCCCAGGGUUUUGAUACACAGCUAAUAGACUGAGGGACUGAGAGACAUGAUUGUUUGAUUAACUGACUGUUUGAGUUUCUCAUCUUUGGAUCCUAAUGUGUCAUGUAUUUAUCAAUCCCUUGAUAAAUACUCUCUCUCUUUCUUCCUCUCUUCCUAAGUGUUUGUCGAGGAGGAGUAUUCAAUUGUACCGAGGACCCAUGCAAUGGUGAGUAUAGCUCUUUGACCUUAUCAUGUUUUAGUAGCUGUGUACAAUGUUGACAUGAUACAGAAGCCAUUGCGUGUAGGAAACUAGAUACCUGCUCUACCAGCAAGUGCCAGCAGGUGGCAUAUGAUAACAUUGUAGUUUCCCACUGUAGCAAAACUACCAAAUUAAAUAUGUCCCCAGCUAGACUAUCAACUACCGACUAUCACCAAAGGAUUUCAGUGCCCGAAUCUCUCUGUGAAAUUACCCUCCUUUGUAAUGGACAGUAUGUGUCAGACCAAACAUAUCUCUCCCUCCCCUCGCUUUCUUUCUCUCACCCUUUCUCUUCCUCUAUGCCUCUCUCUGCCUCCAUCACUCCUUCACAUCCUUAUCUUCCUCCAUGCGUCACUCCAGUGGACUGUGAGUGGGGUAGUUGGUCAGAGUGGAGUCAGUGCUCAGUGAGCUGUGGUUCUGGCCAGCGGAGCGCCAAACGGACCGUCUUCCAGGCUCAGCAAUACGAAGGGGCAGAGUGUGAGGGCCCGGCCCAGCAUACAGCAAUCUGCAGGGCCCCUGAUUGUGGUGAGUGUCUGAGGUCUAGUAUGUAGGCCCUAAGUGAGGGACUGGGAUUGCAUUUCAUUCUAGGGCAGUGUUUUCCAACCCAGUCCUCUGGGACCCCCAGCCAUUGCACAUACAGGUAACUGCCUAAAUAAAAGAAACCACAACAUAAAGUAUCUUAAUAGGGGGUUGGCAUGUCUUAACAGCUUCAAUGCGCCUUGGCAUAUAUUCUAAAAGUGUCUGGAACUCUCCCAUAAUUGUUCAACUGGUUUGAGAUCUGGUGACUGAGACACCCACACACAAACACACACACACUUUAAACCUCCUAUGCUCCUUUGACACCCCUCUUUCAAAGUCACUGAGAUCUCUUCUUCUAGCCCUGGUAGACAAAAUAAUGGGCAACUGGGCAUUUUAAUACAUGACCCUAAGCAUGAUGGGAUGUUAAUUUAUUAACUAAGGAACCACACCUGUGUGGAAGCACCUGCUUUCAAUAUAUUUAGUGUCCCUUGUUUACUCAAGUGUUUCUUUUAUUUUGGCAGUUACCUGUAUUUGUUCUAAUGCAGCACAAACACCACUUGAUGAUACAUUGAUUUGUUGAAUAAGGUGUGCUGGAGCUAUAAUUAAAACAAAUAUGUGACUUGAAAGGAGUUUGGUGUGUAGACCCAAACGUAUCCCCCCCCCCCAUACUGUCUUCCCCCCUCCAGUUUGUUGUUCUUCCUACAACUCUCACUACUUCCCCCUGUAGCCUGUCCUGGUGGAGAGAUAUGGAGGAGGAGUGUAUCGGAGGCUCUGUCUGUGUGUGAGAGGAGCUGUGUAGAGAUCUACCUGACCUCCCCACUCAACUGCAGCGCCUCCGAGGGGUGUGUGUGUAAGGAGGGGCUCUACCGAAACGCAGAGGGCCACUGUGUGAUCCCUGCACUCUGCCCGUGUGAGGACCAGGGGACGCUGAGAGAGGUACACACACAGACAAACAAACAAAUGAGUAUGUUUAUGUACACUUACAUACACCCAAAAAGUUACAUAAAAGAGUACAAUUAUAUGCACCUAUGCACAUAACCAGACACACACACACAACAAAAGGGCCCAACAUAAACUCCUAUCCCUCCUGCAACGCAGAUUGUACCUCAUUGUCCUUCCUCCAUUGGACUCUCACUCCCCUCCUUCCAUUCCAUCUGUUUACCUGCACUCCUUUCAAUACCUUUGUGUGUUCACACAUAAAGGAGGGAUAAAUAACGAUGAUGGAGUGUAUGUAUGUGUGUUUGGGUGUGUGUGUGUGUAUUCACACACAAAGGAGGGAUGAGUAGUGAGGAUGGGCAUGCCCCGUGGGCCACAUUAAAGUACAAUGCCUUAAAGUACAAUGCCCCACUAUCAAUAAUGCAGGGUACUGUUGAAAGCUAUUAUAGUGCUACAGAAAUGAACUGCACCACCUCUUUAAAGACGUAUAAUAAGAAUAUUUCAUAAGAAGAUAUUAUAGGAAGGAUUAAUCAUGUGAUGACAGGGGGUCGGUUUCUCCUCUUUCUCUUAAGUUGUCAUGAAUAAUGUCCACAUGAAGAUCAAUGUGGGGGUUAUAAUCAGCCACCUCAAUCAUUAAUGGCAAUAGCACUGUAAUAGCCACUGCAAAUGCAACAUAUUUAUUGUCGGUGUGUGUGUGUGCAUGUGUGUGCGUGCAUGCAUGCUUUUAUGCAUCUGUGUGUGUGUCUGUGUGUGUUUCUCACAGGCUAGCUCUGAAUGGAAGGAGGGCUGCUUGGUGUGCCGCUGUGUGAACGGGCAGAAGCGGUGCCAAUCGGGAUGCCCACCACUGCAGUGUGAAGAGGUGAGAGAUAAGAAACAGCACUUCCACUGACAUCUCAGUUAUUCUUACAGCUGGAGAAAUUCCCAGAAAAAGCCAAAAGGUUUGGGGGGUUGUGUGAGUUACAGCCCAGAGCUAAAUCAAUAUGUACUUACACAAAGUAGUCAGUAUUUUUCCCUUUCUCAGUUCUGUUCUCACCCCCUUUAAAUAACUGGGUUCUCCCUCACCUCCAGAUUAAGAGGCUAUCACUAGUUGGCUAUCAAUAGCUACCUAACCUUUAAAUAACUGGUUUCACCCUAUCUUUUCCCCCCUCCCUUUUUUAAGUAGCUACAAAAAUAACUGAGGAUCACACUUACCUCCCCUUUAAAUAACUGAGGAUCACACUUACUUCCCCUUUAAAUAACUGAGGAUCACACUUACCUCCAUUUAAAUAACUGAGGAUCACACUUAUCUCCCCUUUGUUUUCAUAUUUGUAUUGGAGUUUUUCUUCUUAUUUUGUGCAAGACAAAACAUAACAUGCCACCUGGUGGCAGACAAGCCACAUAACAUCCAUAAACAACAAAUUCAAACAAUAAAAGAAAAAACAACACUAACAAACAAUUCACAAAAGCACAAAGAGCAAUAAUAGUGAUAUAGUUAGUGUGCCUCCUUUAUGACACUGGCAAAGUUGUGAUGUGAGCUUGGUACAAGGAAAAUAAAACAAAAUGGGUGCAUCUACCGGACCUGUACAUACCCUUUAAAAGAAAACUCCACCCAAAAGCUAUCUUUUGGUAUUGGUUUCAUUAGUCCAUUGUUGAUAUACUGUAGUCCCAAAAUGUUUUGCAUGUCAGAAAUAACAUUUUCAAGAUACUGUAUAUAACUUUCAAAAUACAGAAAUACAGCUGGUAUGAUGCAUUUAGCAUAAUAUGAUGCAAAACGGAGCAUCAUAUAAUGCAAAAUGCAUCAUACCUUCUGUAUUUUGAAAGUUAUAUAGCUUCAUUACUUGAUUGCUGACAUGUAAAACAUUUUGGGACUAUAUCAACAAUGGACUAAUGAAACAAAUACCAAAAUAUAGUUUUUGCGUGGUUUUCCUUUAAAUAACUGGGGAUCACACUUACCUCACCUUUAAAUAACUGAGGAUCACACUUACAUCUCCUUUCAAAAACUGAGGCUCACACUUACCUCCCCUUUAAGUGGCUGAGCUGACCUUCACCCUCCCUGGGGCCGGGACAGGUCUGGAGCAGUGCAUUGUGGAGGGGCGUGGUGGUGCACUUGCUCCUGUCAGCAGACCUCUCCUGGAAGAUGAUGACUCAUUCCUGAAACAGCUCUAUUCUAUUCUCAGAGCGGGACAUGUUGGGGACUCAAUUACUAAGCUAAGAUAGUGACAAGUAUUUUCUCCUCUUCCUCCCUCUCCUCUCCUCCCAUCCACACUCUUCUCCCCUCCCCUCCAUUCUCCUCUCCUCUCAUCCCCUCUCAUCCUCUCCUCUCCUCCCAUCUAUUCUCUUCUCCUCCCCUCUCCUCUUAUAUCAGGGGGAAGUGAAAGUGGAGGAACCAGGCAGCUGCUGCCCAGUUUGCAGGAAGGAGUUCCCUGGUAAGAGUUCAACAUAAACAAUGCUUAGUCCUUCUCUUCCUGUAUUUAUAAAAUAUUUUGUGUGAAACAAAGUGCUUUAGGUCCUAAAUUGUCCACAGGGCAUGUACAAUAAGACAGCAUUUAUCUCUUUCAAUGUUGUAUAAUGGCACAGUUGGUGAGGGGGCAUUGAAAGUCAAUGUGCCUUUGGAGCUCUCUCUCUCUCUCUCUCUCUCUCUCUCUCUCUCUCUCUCUCUCUCUCAUUCAUUAACUCAAACACAAAACCCUCUUUUAUUUUCUCAACUCCCUGUGCUGCCCCAUCAUUAUCCUCUUCCUCCGCCGCUCCUCUUAUCUCCCUCUCUCCCUUUAUCUCUCUGCCCUGUCCUAUUUUCUCCUCCAUUCCUCUCAUCUUACCAGGGGAGCCCGUGGCGGAGUGUCGCCGUUACACGGAGGUCAGGAACAUCACUAAGGGAGACUGUCGUCUUGACAACGUGGAAGUCAGCUACUGUAGAGGGCGCUGUUUGUCCAAAACUGACGUCAUUUUGGAGGUUUGCUGAUGUCGCUGCUUUCACCCACUCUUAUGCACUGGGUUGGGAUGCAGUGUUGCAGACAGAAAUGUGAAAUGUAGAGUGGACCUGAUUCCCUAUCCUGUAAGAUAGAGAAAGAACCAUGUCUAUUCUAUACAAUACAUUUCUAUGUGAAUUUUCUGUAAUGUUGCAAUAGGCCCCAUUUGUGUGCUUUUUUUCACCAGUUGAAUGUAGAGCUAUUGGCACUUCAUCCAGAACAGAGAGAUCCUAGACCAAUCACCACAGUGAUUUUUAUUUUACUCUUAAACUCCCAUGGUAGAGAAAUAAUGUAAUGACAUCACUGUGAAAAUGUGAGUAAGUAAAAAUAAACAUGAUCUCAGCUAAAUGUUUCACUACCUUCCGUUACCAUGGUAGCUAAAAUAGCUGGUGAUUGGUGUCAGUUUCAGUCCCGAACUCACACCUCUCUCACACGCGCGCACCCUUUUCCCUUUCUCUACCUCUCCAUCCCUCCCUUUCUCCUCCUUCCUCCCUCCUUCCCUCACUCAGGAGCCUUACCUCCAGUCGCUGUGUGACUGCUGCAGCUACCGGUUGGACCCUGAGAGCCCAGUGCGCUUCCUUAGCCUCCUGUGUGACAGUGGUGAGAGUGAGCCCGUCGUCCUGCCUGUCAUACACAGCUGUGAGUGCACCAGCUGCCAAGGUGGGUACAGUAUACUCUGA